CAUCUUAAUUGACCCCAUAGUUCAACUUCAACGAUGUAGUUUCCGGUUUUCGAUUGUCUUGGUCCGUCAGUGAAAUACUUCCCGCAACCAACUACGAAAGACGAAGCAAUGAAAUGGCAACAACGUUUGAGAAAAACGGACCAUCGACUCAUGAACAAUGUGACAUGUCAAUAUUGUCCCAGACUAGACAAAAACUAGAAGGGCUCCUGAACAAGAACAUGAGAAUCCGUAUGACAGAUGGAAGGACUUUAGUGGGUCUUUUUCUCUGCACUGACAGAGACUGCAACAUCAUCCUUGGCUCAGCUCAGGAAUUCCUCAAAUCCACAGACACUUUCUCGCAAGGUGAACCCCGGGUUCUGGGCCUGGCCAUGAUCCCGGGUCACCAUGUAGUGUCCAUCGAGGUGGAGGCUGACAUUCUGGAGGACACACAAGGUUUUGGACGGAACCAUUGAGGGAAUGAGCGCAAAAAGUUGAAUGGAUGUUUUCCAGCUGGACUCAAUUCAGCAUCCAGUGUGUUGUUUGAUGCCAAUGAAACUUGUGUACAAUGCAUACAAGGCUGUCCAAAUGACACAUUAUAGAAAGAAAACUAUUUAUAAAAAAUAAAAAAAGCAGCAAAAAUAGAAAAAAAGAGCGAUGUUUUUGAUUGAUUUUAAUUUUGUUUUAUACUCUUAAAAGAGCUGCUGUGGUAUGCAUUCGUAUGUCAUGACUACAAGGACGACAGUUUCAUUCAUGCAAAAAAAAUUCAAAUUGGUGCAUUUUGUUUGUUGGAUGCAGGUAAUACUGCAAUGCUUUUACUUGGCGUUGAACAGGAAGUCAUUGUGUGCUCGUUUUAAUGUUGCGCCACUAGACUGGUCACAUCACUGCUGUUCUUGACAAUACUACAACACGUGGAC